UAACUCAAGUAAGUCCUGGUGGCUGUACACGAUCGGAAGGAGGAGGAGGAGGAGGCUGUGUAACCCCAUUUCGCCAUUAAUCGGAUCGUUGAGAUUGUGUGACCGCAGACUGCACCUGAUAAGUUCUGCCGGGACGGACUGCGCGUGCCGAGAAGUUGGAUUUGUUCGCCCGGAGUCCGCGGGGAGAUCCGGACGACAUGCAGCGCGCGGCUCGGGAGAUCAACGCCGGAGUCCUCGGCACCUUGUGCGGCGGGUCCUGACUGAACAGUUGCUGCACCUGCAGCUGUGUCGCGGGCAUUUGAUGGUCCCCGCGUGGAGUUUUAAACAGUUUUCUGCCGCUUCUCUGUUCGUCGGCGGUCACUCUGCGCGCGUGUCCUUUUAACUUUGCGCUGUUGCAUGUGAACCCACCGACAUGUCACCAAGAAGCAAAGUGCCGUCGGUGCUGUAUGAACACUCUGCUACAAGCGGAAUCUGAGUCCCGGGCGACAUAGAAGUUCGCUCAAAUUUGUGUUUUUCAGUUGAGAGAAAGUUGGACUGGGAGCUGUCCCCAAAUCACUGUUACUGGGAUGGGACACGUUCCCACUGCACCGGAGUCGCCAUCGACCGCCCCCCUCCUCGUACGAUAGGACGGUCCGUGCGCUUUUAAGGGGGCUUCUGCGGCUCCGCGAAGCCGCGUGAGCGUCCCGGGUUGUGGGUGCGAGGAGAAGAGAGGUUGAGAGAGAGAGAAGAGAGCCCAACGGCCGCGCUAUUAAAACUGGAUACAAAAUGGCGGCGUCCGCGGGACGAAUUGGAUCCGUUUCUCCCGGUGUUUUUUAUUUACUUUUGUCGCUCGAACUGUUCAUCGGUCGUGGACUAGGUUCGGGUUUGUCGUGCGCCCAGGACUGCACCUGUGACGGGGAUUCGGUGGACUGUAGCGACCUGGAGCUGACGGCUACGCCUCUGGACCUUCCGGUCCGGACGGUCUCCUUAAACCUUGGCCACAACAAGCUGACCUCCAUCGACGUUGGAGCUUUCGACCGCCUUCCCAACUUAAGAGAGCUGCGCCUGGACCACAAUGAGCUGACCUCCAUCCCAGAUUUAGGACAGGCCGCCUCGAGGAUCGUAUCCCUCUACCUACAUCACAAUAAGAUCCGCAGCAUAGACGGCAGGCGGACCAGAGAGAUGUCUUCGGUGGAAACCUUGGACCUGAGCAACAAUGACCUCACUGAGCUCCGAGGGCACUGCUUCCCUGCAGGCCUCCAAAUCACAGACCUGUACCUGAGCAACAACAGGAUCAGCGUGUUGGAGCUGGGCGCUCUGGACCAUCUGGGCUCGACUCUACAGGUCCUGAGACUGAGCCGAAACCGCAUCAGCCAGAUCCCCGUGAAAGCCUUCCAGUUGCCGAGGCUCACCCAGCUCGAGCUGAACAGGAACCGUAUUCGUCAGGUGGAGGGUCUGACCUUUCAGGGUCUGUCCAGCCUGGAGGUGCUCAAGCUGCAGAGAAACAGCAUCACCAAACUGACGGACGGGGCCUUCUGGGACUUGGCCAAGAUGAAAGUCCUUCACCUGGACUACAACAGCCUGUCAGAGGUGAACAGUGGCUCCCUGUACGGCCUGUCCUCGCUUCAGCAGCUCUUCCUCAGCAACAAUUAUAUCGCCCGCAUCAACCCCGACGGCUGGAAGUUCUGCCAGAAGCUGAGGGAACUGAACCUGUCGCACAACAACUUGACUCGUCUGGACGAAGGCAGCCUGGCGGUGCUCGGGGAUCUCCACUCGCUCCGUCUGGGGCACAACUCAAUCAGCCACAUCACAGAGGGAGCCUUCAGAGGCCUCAAGGCCGUACGCAUUCUGGAGCUGGACCAUAAUGACAUCUCAGGCACAAUAGAGGACACCAACGGGGCCUUCUCUGGAUUGGACAGCCUCAACAAGCUGACUCUGUUUGGAAACAAGAUCAAGUCGGUGGCCAAGAAGGCCUUCUCUGGCCUGGAAACCCUGGAACACCUGAACCUGGGAGAGAACGCAAUGCGUUCCAUCCAGCCCGACGCCUUCAGCAAAAUGAGGAACCUCAAAAGCCUUCUCAUUCAGAGCGACAGCUUCCUGUGCGACUGCCAGCUGCAGUGGCUUCCCGGCUGGCUGGUGGCACGCCGCCUGCAGGUCGCUGUCAACGCCACCUGUGCCCACCCGGAGAGCCUGAAGGGCACCAGCGUCUUCCAGGCUGCGUCCAGCAGCUUUGUGUGUGACGACCUCCCGAAGCCCCAAAUCACCGUGCAGCCGGAGACGUCCGUCGCGGUCCUCGGCAGCGACGUGCGUCUCACGUGCACGGCCGCGAGUAGCAGCAGCUCCCCCAUGACCUUUGCGUGGCGUAAGGACCAGGAGCUGCUUCGCUACGCAGAGACGGACAACUACGCCCACGUACGCGACCCCCUGCACGGGGCGGCGCCCGGCGCACCGGCCGCGGCCGGAGGCGUGAUGGAGUACACCACCAUCCUGCACCUGCGGCACGUCACCUUCGCCCACGAGGGCCGAUACCAGUGCAUCAUCACCAACCACUUUGGCUCCACCUACUCCAGCAAGGCCCGCCUCAUCGUCAAUGUUCUGCCGUCCUUCGUGAAGACCCCCCGGGACAGCGCCAUCAGGAAGAACCACACGGCGCGGCUGGAGUGCGCCGCCGAGGGCCACCCGACGCCGCAGAUCGCCUGGCAGAAGGACGGCGGCACGGACUUCCCCGCCGCCCGGGAGCGGCGGAUGCACGUCAUGCCCGACGACGACGUGUUCUUCAUCGUGGGCGUCAAGCCGGAGGACAUGGGCGUGUACAGCUGCACCGCCAAGAACACGGCGGGCACCGUGUCCGCCAACGCCACCCUCACCGUGCUGUAUGUCCCCUACCUGGACCAGGACCUGAAGAACCACAGCGUGGUGGUCGGUGACACCGUGGCCCUGCAGUGCAAGGCCCUCGGCAGCCCGCCGCCCCGCGUCACCUGGCUGCACGACGACCGCCCGCUGCGCCCCUCCGACCGGCACCACUUCACCGCCGGGAACCAGCUGCUCGUCAUCGACUCGACCUCGCCGCGCGACGCCGGCCGCUACACCUGCCUCAUGUCCAACACGGUGGGCACCAACCGCUCGCACUGCCAGCUGGCGGUGAGCCAGGACGCCUGCCCGCCGCCACCGCCGCCGGGCCUGAGCACGGUCACCGUGGGGAUCGUGGUCAUCGCCGUGGCGACGAGCAUCGUGGCGACUUCGCUGGUGUGGGUGUGCGUCAUCUACCAGACGAGGAAGAAGAGCGAGGAGUGCAGCGUCACCAACACGGAUGAAACGAUCGUCCCUCCGGACGUACCGAGCUACCUCUCCUCCCAGGGCACGCUGUCCGAGCGGCAGGACGUGUGCAUCCGGGCGGAGGCCGGCGGAGGACCUCAGCCCAACGGACACAUGGUGGACUCCACAGGUUUCGUGGUGGUGUGCACGGACUGCGGCAGCAGCUACUCCAAAGACUCCGACUACCUGACGCACGGCUUCGGCCACGCCGCAGCCUCGGAGUACCAGCAGUACUCCGUUCCCCCGCCUUACUCCCACUGCUACCCGGUGGAGCGCCGGGACUCGACGGGGCUCUGCAACAACCACAAGCUGCACCAGGGGGAUAAUAAAGCGGGACAAACGCCGGUGCGCUUCCCGUCGCCGGAGGACUCCUUCCACAAGCCGGUGACACUGCCCGGCGGCCUCGACGGCGAGUCGGCGCUCAGGCAGACUCUGCUGUCCAACGGACACGCCCACAGAGGCUCUCCGAGCGAGAGCGCCCCCCUAAGGAGAACCAGCGACUAGCAAGGCGCUCCACCCGGCCCCCCUCGAAAGUUGACUUUAUUUUUGUUUGCACUGGCAAGUAAAACAGCUACCUCACGUCGAGGCGAUUUGGUCCCGAGCCUCCUGGAUCCGGACUGAAUGGAAGCACCAGGAGAGUGAAAAGCAAGGAGAGGGCGUCCGGAAGUUUGAAGGCGGAGCUUGAGUGGGUGGCGUCCCAUCUGAGCGUAUCAGCUGUACAUAGUUUAAAAACUUUCCUUUGGGAGGUGACCAAUACAAAUUCUAGUUCCAAAAAAUGUGACUUGCAUUUGAAGCAUGUAAAUGUAGGGAAUCUUGUACAGUAUAAAUAAUGUGCGAGGGGAGGGGGGGAGGGGGGGGGGGGGAAAUAUGCCUUUGGACAUUUGACUGUAAAUAAGAGUUUUCUUAUAUUAUAUAUUAUAUAACUUUUACAAAAGAGUAUUUGAAUUUAUGUGCAUGACAAAGAAAGGAGUGAUGGCAUUUUUAUUUUUAUUCAAAAACAACACAAACCACCUUUUUCAGCUUUUACCAACAUUCAGCUGCGGUGCCUUAAUGCAUGAUCAAAGAAAAAAAGCCAACUAGCAUCCGUCUGGAGACCUUUUUUGUGAGAGAUACUGGUUUUUUUUCUUUAUAGCAAACACAACACACACUUGAUUGCACUUUCUUUCGGGGACAACAGAAACACAGCUCACAUCCAUCCGUUGCCGUAUGAAGGAAGAGCUUUGACGGAAGUUAUUUUUCGGUACGUUCGAGCUGGGAUAGUCGGGGGGGGGGGGGGGGGGGCGGUCAAGUUUAAGCACUUUCUGUAUUUGCGUCGUAAACGAGUGGAUCGUUGCCUCCCGAUUGGAGAGGAGCCCGUUUCACCAUACUGAGAAUACCCGAGAAGCUGCUCUGUGGGGGGGGGGUCAUGAGGAAAGUAUUUUGUCUCAGCCUCCGAUCAGUGUCCUCGUUUUGAUUUAAGAAGGUGCGAGUUCUUUUUUUGACUCUAAAAGCCAGUGAGGACCAGCGCGCCAUGUGUCACAUCGAGUACAAAACCUACAGCGAUGUGGUGGUCGCUGCUGUAAUGUGCCUACAUCCAGGUGGGAGCUGUGUUCCGUUACCAGCGGCCCUUAUCGAGGUGAACUGGAGGACGUGCUCCCCCCGGUUACACCUGGUUGCAUCUAUCGCAGGUAAAAGGGACAAAGGGACAAAGAGGUGAAGUUCACGUAAUUUAUUGAAAGCAAAAUUAAAAAAAAAAAACUGUCUGAAAACCGGUGUCCCGAUGUCCAAGCUGAAGCCGUGAAGUGUCUAACAUGGCAUUGAAGUGUCUAAUAAAAUCACAUUUUGCUAUUA